AUGUCUGAUUACGCUGCGCGCACUGGUAACUAAACAUGGAGUGUCAGAAAUAGUCUAUUUUUUGUAGUUUUAGUCCUUGUUUCUAAGCUAUAAAUCAUCGUUAUGACUUUUAGCCAGUAUCGUAGUAUAUCUCGAGUUCUGACAAGGCUAUCUGUACGUCACUACAGCCGUGGUAGUUGUCCUCAAGUCUGCAUUGUGGGAGCUGGACCGGCAGGAUUUUAUAGUGCACAACAAAUAAUAAAGUCACAUGACACAGCUAGAGUGGAUAUCCURGAUUAUCUUCCUGUACCUUUUGGGCUGGCAAGAUUUGGGAUUGCACCAGACCACCCUGAAACAAAGAACUGUAUCAACCAGUUUACUACAACAGCCUUGUCUGAUAGGUGUUCAUUUUAUGGCAAUAUACAUGUCGGUAAAGAUAUCAAGGUUAAAGAGCUGCAAGAUGCUUAUGAUUGUAUAGUUUUGUGUUAUGGAGCUGAAGAUGACAGAAGAUUACACAUACCAGGAGAGGAUUUGCAUGGUGUUUAUGGAGCAAGAGACUUUGUUGGAUGGUACAAUGGUCUACCACAGAAUAUCAAUUUAUCACCAGACCUAAGUUCAGAGACAGCUAUUAUCCUUGGACAUGGCAACGUUGCUCUUGAUGUCGCUAGGAUUCUAUUAACUCCCCUUCAAUUUCUUGAAAAAACUGAUAUCUGUGAUCAUGCAGUUCAAGCACUAAAGGAAAGCAAAGUAAAGACAGUUUACCUUGUUGGUAGAAGAGGGCCRUUACAGGUUGCUUUCACCAUUAAGGARCURCGUGAAUUGACAAAAAUAGCUGGAACUAAAGCUGUCUUUCCUGCUGAUGACCUGAAACCCAUAAAGACUCUUUUACCAAAAAUCCCAAGAUCUCGUAAGCGGUUAACAGAAUUGAUGUACAAGGUUGCAAUGGAUGACCAUACACCACAAGAGAUGGACAGAYGGACCRAAGCCAGUACACAGUGGUUGGURAAGUUCUUGCGUAGUCCUGUAGAAAUCCUUUCAUCACAAGACAGAUCACGUGUUGAUGGUAUCAAAUUGGAAAUAAAUGAACUUAGUGAGACUUCAGAUGGUGUAGUCAGAGCAAAGGGGACUGGAAAAACUGAGACUCUUCCAUGUGGACUGGUUUUUCGUAGCAUUGGAUAUAAAAGUAUUCCUAUUGAUGAUACAGUACCAUUUGAUCACAAAAAUGGURUCGUUCCCAAUGAUGAUGGCAGAGUUCUAAACAUGAGAGGUGUAUAUUGUAGUGGUUGGGUGCGUAGUGGUCCAGUUGGUGUUAUUGCUACAACAAUGAACGAUGCAUUUGCCACUGGGAAACUUGUUGUUGAAGACUUGAAUUCAGGUAUAAUUUCAGCAAAUGAUUGA